AUGGUCAAUCUUCAAAGCUUCAACCCGUUUGCCCCAACCGUGAGGGAAACGGCCGUCAUAUCGGAGCUGCGUGUAUACCCGAUCAAAUCGUGCCGUGGCUUCACGGUGCGCUCCAGCCGCGUCACGAGGCAAGGACUCGAUCUUGACCGGAAUUGGAUGUUUGUUAGUACGACGAAUGGGAAAAACAAAUUCGUCACCAUUCGCGAGUACUCGGAGCUGACGCUGAUUGACACGGCGCUCGCGAGCAUCAGCGCCGCCGCCGCCGCCUCGGUACAGCCCGCCCAAGAUGAGCAGGACACCACCAAACACCAUCGAGAGGUCAAGGAAGACCUCCAGCUAGUCAUUAGUAUCCGGAACCAUCCGGAGAAGCGCGUCAUGAUCCCGGCCCGGCCGACGCGGGCCUGGCUGGAGGCGCACACGACGUGUGAGACGGUCGACAUUUGGGGCACCGAGACAGACGGCUGGGUCUACGGCGACGAGGUCAACGCGCUGGUGCGCGAGGAGCUCGGCCAGGACGUCAAGCUGGUCUACAAGGGUCCGACGCCGCGCGUGCUGCGCGGCAACGGCAGUCCCGAGCUCCUGGGCCGCCGCGAGUCGACCAACUUCCCCGACGUCCUGCCCUUGCUCCUGGCCAACGAGGCGUCGCUGCGCGAGCUCAACAGCCGGCUCCGGGCCAAGGGUGAGGCCGAGAUUGGUAUCGAGCGCUUCCGUCCCAAUAUCGUGGUCCGCGGCGACGUGGCCUGGAGCGAGGACGACUGGAAGCAGGUGCGCAUCGUCAAUGGCCCCGCGCCGUCGGGUGCCCUUGUUGUUGCGAGCCCGUCGACGAUUGAUAUUGACGUCUCGGCCCAUUGCGCCAGGUGUCAAGUCCCUAAUGUGAAUCCCGAUACGGCCGAGAAGAAUGCUCAUGAGCCUUGGAAUACCCUUGUCAGCUAUCGGCGUAUUGACGAGGGCAUCAAGUGGAAACCGUGUUUCGGCAUGCUCAGCUGUCCGAAAAACGAGGGCACCGUUCGGGUAGGCAUGAAAAUGGAGGUCAUUGAGACGACAAAAAAUCAUGUAUAUGUGAAAGGCUUCUAG